AUGGAUCAAUAAUCUGAGGCAAGUACACAAGAACAGGCUUUAAGUCAGAAGGAGGAAUCCUAAUAAAUAUCACCUCAAACAGUCCUCUCCCAAGAGCCCAUUAAAGAAAUCGAAUAUCCUGAUUUCGAAAUUACAAUACAGAUUGAAGAUGUGAUUAUCAAAGAUGGGGGAUUUGGUUAAAAAUUCACCGCCUACUUAAUUAAGGGCAUAGAUAAUCAAGGGUCCUUCGAGAUCUACAGAAGAUAUAAUGACUUCUUUGAACUAAGAGAAUUAUUGGUGAAGAAAUGGCCAGGCUGCUAUAUUCCACCAAUUCCAGAAAAAGCACUAGCAAGUGGCAAUGACAAUGAAACAGUCUAAAUCAGAAAAAGACUUAUGGAGGUCUUUUUGAACUCCAUUACAUAAUUACCAUACAUCUAUUAUUCAGAGGAUUUUUAAUAGUAGUUCUUAAGAUCCAAUUCUCCAGAUAUUGCAAAAGUGUAUUAAUAAUAGAGGGCAACAACUACAAAUGAAAUUAUUGAUAGAUUAAAGAUAGCCUUCCCAAAGCUUGAUGUAAGAGACUAAUCUAACAGUGAAUAUAUGUUGGCCAUUACUACCUUUUCAGGUUAAUUGAAAAAAACAUUGGCUAUCCUAAAAACAUAUAUUGAAUAAGCUAAUUUUGUUGCACAAACCAGAAGAAUACUAUAGGAUGAAAAAUUGAAUUUAUUUAAUGCAACUCUGCCAUUUUAUGAAAAGAUUAUCCUAAAUGAAUAUGUUUAUGGGAAAGAGCAGUAAUUAGUACUCUCCAAUCCUUCAAAUUAAGAAGAGUAUAAAAAAUUGCUAGAAGAUAUUAAAGAUAACAAUAAAAAAACCAAUAGCAUUAAUUAUUUAGCAGAUUUGUUUAGAUAUGAGUUGAAAGAUGCUGAAUGCAUGCAACAAACCUUAAUUUACAGAGAUCAAAUCGUAAUCAUCAGAGCAAAACAAGAAUAAAAAAUGAGAGAAGACUAAGCUGAAUUAGCUAAAAUGGCUGCAAAACAAUAAACUUUAACCACUAUCACUAAUUCUGCAUUCAACAAAUCAAAAGAUGCCUCAUAAGUUAAAGUUGAAUAAAGAAUUUCAGAAGGAUAAUAAGAAAUAGACAGGCUAUCUUAAUUAUAUAACAUAAUUACAGCAAUAAUUGCAACUAAAGAAAUUGAAAAAUAUAGAAAAGCUAGAGUUAAUCAUUAUCAUAAAUUCUUGAGAACUAUCUAACAAUCUGAAACCAAAUUGUAUUAAAUUGAAAAUGAAUUUUUGGAAAAAGUCAUUCAAGAUUCUUAAAAUCAAUUAUCUUCAUCAAAAUCAGAAGAAAAAUAACAAUAGCAGGUCUAAUAAGAACAAAGACUCUAACAACAACAAUAAUAAUAAUAAUAACAACAAUAAUAACAAUAACAAUAAUAACAACAACAACAAUAAUAACAAUAACAACAAUAACAAUAAUAACAAUAAUAACCAUAAUAACAAUAAUAGCAAUAAUAACAGUAAUAAGAAUUACCAGAUCAAGAAUAACCAGAUCAAUAAUGA